CCUACAACAUGGUAGAAAAGUAAGUUAUUUUGAUUGUCAUCGGGUAUUUUUACCUCGAAAUCAUUCCUACCGAAAGGAUAAGAAGUCUUUCAUCCGAGGAAGAAUAGAAAAGAGUGAUCCAUCUCCAAUGUUGUUGGGGGAGGAAAUUCUUCAUCGAGUAAUGUUUUUCCCAAUGGCCAUGGAGGACCCCAUUAACACACCUGCAGAGUAUGGAAAAAGUCACAAGUGGACGAAAAGAAGUAUUUUUUGGAAUCUACCAUAUUGGAAAACUAACUUGAUCCGGCAUAAUCUUGAUGUGAUGCACAUAGAGAAAAAUGUGUUUGACAACGUCUUCUAUACUGUGAUGAAUGUGAAAGGGAAGAGUAAAGAUAAUGCUAAGGCCAGGAAAGAUGUUGGAAUUCUUUGCGACAAUAAAGAGAUAGCAAUUCCUUCAAAUAGUACAAGUCAGACUAUUCCGAAAGCAUUAUACACCUUGAUCAAAGAGCAGAGGAGGGUUAUUUGUGAAUGGCUUCAGAAUUUGAGAUUUCCAGAUGGUUAUGCUUCUAAUAUUGGAAAAUGUGUUGAUAUGAAUGCAUUGAAAAUUACCUGCAUGAAGAGUCAUGACUGCCAUGUGUUUAUGCAGAGACUUAUCCCGAUUGCUUUUAGAGAAAUGUUACCCUCGUUCAUAUGGAAUCCAUUGACAGAAUUGAGUAAAUUAUUUCAGACAAUAUGCUCUGCUAUGCUUGCCAUUGAUAAACUUAUGGAGUUAGAAAAAAAAAGGUUGCGGUGAUUUUAUGUAACUUGGAGAAAAUAUUCCCUCCAUCUUUCUUUGAUUCUAUGGAGCAUCUCAUUGUUCAUUUGCCUUAUGAGGCUAGAAUUGGAGGUCCUGUUCAAUAUAGAUGGAUGUAUCCCUUUGAGAGGUUUCUUUAUGAUUUGAAAAGAACAUUGAAGAAUAAGGCACAUGUUGAGGGUUCAAUUUGUCAAGCUUAUAUUGCACAAGAAAUCAAUAUUUUGCAGAACAUUAUUUUGAACCUCAUGUAUCAUGUAAAAGGAGGAGACCUCCAUGAAAUGAUGAGGAGGAUAUUUGUCAACUACCUACAAGGGAACCCUGUUGAUGCCAUCGAUAAGUCCAUUGAUAAGCAUUUUCCAAAGUGGUUUGAAAAUUUUGUGGCAAAUGAGGUCAAUCAAGUCAUUGAUCCUCUCUUGCAAAGCCUUGCUUGGGGUCCAUCUAUGAAGGCAACAACUUGGCCGGGAUACUUCAUCAAUGGUUAUAACUUUCAUACUGUCACCCAUAGCAUGGAGAAAGCCACCAUGAAUAGUGGCAUAUGUGUACAAGGGUCCAAUGUUGAGGAUACAUGCACUGAUUUCUAUGGUUUAUUGCAGGAUGUAGUCCAACUUGAGUAUUAUGGAAAUAGAUGGAACCGUAUUGUCCUCUUCGAGUGUACAUGGUUUGAUCCAAUAAAUGGCACCAGGGUUCAUCCUAUAUAUAAUUUGGUUGAUGUUAAUAGGAAAAAAAUGUAUCCAAAGUAUGAUCCAUUUGUAUUAGCGCAACAAGCCAUUCAAGUGAACUAUAUUGAGUACCCAAGCAUGAAAAAGGACAAGGUUGAUUGGUUAGCUGUGUGCAAGACAAAAGCUAGGAGAAUGGUUGAAGCAAGUUGGCCGGGAAAAGACAACACCGCAUAUCAAAUGGAGGAAAUUACAUCAAAUCCAGUUGUCAGUAUUUUACAAGAGAUUCCUUCUUUGGUUGAUCCACAAGGCAUACAACAAUUUGUUGACUUAUCUGAAGGGUUGCAAGAUAUUUCAGAAAGUGAAACUGAGGAAGAUGAAGAAGAUGAAGAGAUUGUUUAGUUGAAGUGGGAUGACUCAUUAUCCAGACUAUAGCUCUAUAUCAGAUCGGGGUGGAUCAAUAUUGAGACAUGGUGGUCGAUCUAUAUCAGGCCGAGGUCGAUCAACCGCAAGUAUUCGUCAGAAGUUUGUUAGCUCCAAAUUAGUCUCCAAUAACUCACCAGAAUUAGGAAUGCCUCCAUGUAUACAUCCAAAUAUUCAA